CCCGAGCGUCGCCGACCGCGGACGCGCUUUCGGCCGGGAGCCGCGGUCGCCGCCAGCAGUGUUCAUGUUUGGGAUUCAGGAGAAUAUUCCGCGUGGGGGGACGACCAUGAAGGAGGAGCCGCUGGGCAGCGGCAUGAACCCGGUGCGCUCGUGGAUGCACACGGCAGGCGUGGUGGACGCCAACACGGCCGCCCAGAGCGGCGUGGGGCUGGCGCGGGCGCACUUCGAGAAGCAGCCACCUUCCAACCUCCGGAAAUCCAAUUUCUUCCACUUCGUGCUGGCACUCUACGACAGGCAGGGGCAGCCAGUGGAGAUCGAAAGGACCGCUUUUGUGGACUUUGUGGAGAAAGAGAAAGAGCCGAACAACGAGAAAACCAACAAUGGCAUUCACUAUAAGCUGCAGCUACUCUACAGCAACGGCGUCAGAACAGAGCAAGAUUUGUAUGUCCGCCUCAUAGACUCAAUGACCAAACAGGCCAUCGUUUAUGAAGGCCAGGACAAGAACCCAGAGAUGUGCCGCGUGCUGCUGACCCACGAGAUCAUGUGCAGCCGAUGCUGUGACAAGAAGAGUUGUGGCAAUAGAAACGAGACGCCCUCAGACCCUGUAAUCAUUGACAGAUUCUUUCUAAAGUUCUUCCUCAAGUGCAAUCAGAACUGCUUGAAGAAUGCAGGCAACCCACGGGACAUGCGGAGGUUCCAGGUCGUUGUAUCGACAACAGUCAACGUGGACGGCCACGUGCUGGCCGUGUCUGACAACAUGUUUGUGCACAACAAUUCCAAACACGGGAGGCGGGCCCGCCGCCUCGACCCGUCAGAAGGUACGGCCCCUUCUUAUCUGGAAAAUGCCACUCCGUGCAUCAAGGCCAUCAGCCCCAGUGAAGGCUGGACCACGGGGGGCGCCACUGUGAUCAUAAUUGGGGACAACUUCUUUGACGGUCUACAAGUUGUGUUCGGAACUAUGUUGGUGUGGAGCGAGCUCAUCACCCCCCAUGCCAUCCGAGUGCAGACACCGCCACGGCACAUCCCUGGAGUUGUUGAAGUCACCCUCUCCUACAAGUCUAAGCAGUUCUGCAAAGGCGCUCCUGGACGCUUCGUCUACACUGCCCUUAAUGAGCCAACCAUAGAUUACGGCUUCCAGAGGUUGCAGAAAGUGAUACCCAGACAUCCAGGUGACCCUGAAAGGUUACCCAAGGAAGUGUUGCUGAAGAGGGCAGCAGACCUCGUGGAAGCCUUGUACGGGAUGCCUCACAACAACCAGGAGAUCAUCCUGAAGAGGGCGGCCGACAUCGCUGAGGCAUUAUACAGCGUUCCCCGCAAUCACAACCAGAUCCCUACCUUGGGCAACACUCCGGCACACACUGGCAUGAUGGGUGUGAACUCCUUCAGCAGCCAGCUAGCCGUUAACGUGUCAGAGACCUCACAAGCCAAUGACCAAGUCGGCUACAGUCGCAAUACAAGCAGCGUGUCCCCGCGAGGCUACGUCCCCAGCAGUACUCCCCAGCAGUCCAAUUACAACACAGUCAGCACUAGCAUGAAUGGAUAUGGAAGUGGCGCCAUGGCCAAUCUAGGGGUCCCUGGCUCGCCUGGAUUUCUUAAUGGCUCCUCCGCUAACUCUCCCUACGGCAUAGUGCCGUCCAGCCCCACCAUGGCAGCCUCUUCGGUCACCCUCCCUUCAAACUGUAGCAGCACACACGGCAUUUUCUCAUUCUCACCUGCCAAUGUCAUCUCCGCAGUGAAACAGAAGAGCGCUUUUGCGCCCGUGGUCCGGCCCCAAGCCUCUCCUCCUCCUUCCUGCACCAGCGCCAAUGGGAAUGGACUGCAAGGCUCUCUGCUGGGUGCCGAGGACGCAACCGUGGAGAAGACAAACUGGCCCUUUUGUGAAGUCGGUGGUAUAUUCCACUUUGAUGAACUAAUGCUCAAAAAAGGAACUGGAAAGCUAUGUCUGGGCUGGUAGUCCCGCCCAUGUGAGGGACUCUGUUUACCUUCACAGCACCCGGCAUCCAAGAACGGACUUCAGGGGACACGUGUAGUGUGUUAUGACAUGCUGAUGGAAACAAUAUCUUCAAAACUAAAAAUCGGCAACCGUUGAAUGCUUCAAAAGACACUUAAAAGACUUUAUUUAAACUGUUAAGAAUCAACACGCAAACAAGCCUACUCCUUCAUGAACAAUUCCAUUUUAUUGACCGAACUUUUCUCAUAUUUUCACAUUUCUCAGUCCUGAAGAUUAAGGAAAACAAAGCGACGCCUAUUUUGUAUAAAGUUUCUGAUUCCGUCUUGGCUGUCUAGUGCGUGCUAUCUGUGUGGGGAGAAGCUUCGUGAAUAUGCACCAUUUUGAUGCCCAUGCAACACUGAGGAAGAAAGCCUCGAAACAUUUUUCUGUACUCAUAUUUAGAUUCACAAUGGUUGUGUAUCUCUAUAAUGUGAAAUAUUUUUUUGUGGUGAAAAGGGGGCCAAGGAGGUAUGAGCCAUUAACUGGAACAGAGGAGGAUAUGAUUAGGUGAACUUGGGGUGGCAGGGAGGGGGAGGGGCUUAUCAUUGCUUAACUUCAUCUUAAUGAAAUGAAACUUUGUAACUUAUUGUAGUUAGAAAUUGUAACUUUGAUAUCGAAUCUCUUGCCUUCAACAAGCACACUGACAGAGGAAAAAAAAUAUGCUACUGUCUGUUGGUUCCAAUAUUCUCCCACUUAGAGCUUCCUGUUAAAGCAAGUGCGAUCGGCAACAUUUUUUCAACUUUCGCGCCGCACUGUAAACCUAAUUGCAUUCUUAGGCUACUGUGAGGUCUAUGUUUCUUGUACCUGAAAUUGUCCUUUUGACUUCUAGACCCUUCUUCCCCGAUGUGUUUUGUAUGUGGUUAUAAAAUUGUAGACUUUUGUGAUUUUGCCAAAGUUGUAGCUAAAUAUUUAUACACUUGUCUUGAAUUUUUUUCAGAUCCACUUAAAAUAUUUAGAAAAAACGAGUUUUAUUCCUUAUGUGUCUUAUAGGGGAUAAAAUGCUCUUUCAUGCGACACUUCCUUUCCCAUGAACACUUGCAGUUGCUAAGGGACUUUAUUUUGUAACAUAUCAAUUAUAAAUAUUGUAUUUAUCUUUGAAAUUUUGUACAUUGCUUUCCCCACCUUCUUUUUUCAUGUCUGUAUUGGUGUUUGAUCCUGCCCAGUGUUGUAACACAGGGAAAGAGCAGACACCAAGAAAUGUCUGUUUAAUCUGUUUCGUUGAAAUGAACCAAUGUCCUCACAUUUCAUUUGUACUUAAACCAUUUGCUAUUGUUUAGGCUUUCCAUCCCCCCCUUUUUUUAUGUUGAGGAAAAGUCAAAUUCAUUGUUUAUUUUUAUAUUAUUUUUAAGUUAUCUGAACAAAUGCUUUUGAAAAGAAAAGUUUGUUGUAUAGUCAGAAGAAAACGGUGUCAGCGGCCGUGACAAACCCUCGUAGCUUCUGUGCAUGUGGAGCGGCCAUGAAGGGGCCACACCGUCCGGGGCUGUGUCCUGUUUUAUUUUUUAUUUUUAAUUCUUUUUUUGUAGAAUGUAAAAAAAAGUCAUUUUAGCUGCCACCUAUGACUUUGCCACAUAGCUGAACUGUGUUUACUGGAAAAAUUCAGAGGCCUAAACUUUAAAAUAAAAUUUACUUCCGAUGUUUUAAUUACAAAUGUUUGCCACAUUAACUUCUCUGAUGCCUUAAAAGUGGACUUCUUUGAAGAAUUUCUGUGCUAUUUUAUCACAGGAUUAUACCACAAUUGUUAAUAUCUGAAGACUGAUGAUGAACACACACACGCACUCACACGCACACACAAAC